CCCCCACUAUCACCACCCCAACUACCACCACCACUACCACCCCCACCACCACGUCUCCAUCUAAUGAUACUUCAACCUUGAACCAAACUGUUACUCCCAUUGCUGGAGUUUCGUUGGGACUAACGGGACUCCAGCCCGCGAAAAGCAAUUCGUCCUUGAAUCUUUUAGAAACUGGUAACCUUGACUCACAAUUACGAUUCUCGAUUCGGAAUUUGUCAGAUGUGGCGAUGUCGGUGUCACUGAAAGCAGAAAUGGAAGCCGCGCGGAAAACUGUUGUAAUGUUCUACAACGAGCGAACAGUCAAACUAGAUGUUGUAAACCCCGAAGUUUGUCCAUACCACAUUAAGGGUAACGACAGAGUGUGCGGACUGUAUGGAGAUUCUAACUACGGGGGAAACUGGUUCGUGAUCCAGAGGAGGGAUGCAACAACCAGCAAAUCCUUCAAACGUCCAUGGAAAGAUUAUGUCGAUGGAUUUGGAUCAUGGGCGACUGGAUACUGGAUGGGACUGGAUUGCAUCCACGUGUUGACCAGAGACUUGCCCACGACUGAGCUGCUAAUCGAACUCACCAAUGCUGAGGGGGUCGUCGCUAUUGCUCAUUACAUGGGAUUUUCUUUGGCCCCAUCCACUUCUCAGUAUCAAUUUCGCGUCAAACAGUUCCUGGGUGGUGCGGCGGGCAACGCCCUCGCCUCAACCGAAGCGUCCAAGUUCAGCACCAUCGAUCUCGACAACGACGCCUUCAGCGACGGAAACCUGGCCUCUAUCUCGGGAGGAGGCUGGUGGUUUGGUAAUGGUAAGGCGGACAGUCCAGGGAACAACCUCAAUGCCGACCGAUUACUGGACAAACUUCAGUCUUCUACCAAGCUUCUCUGGCACACCUGGAACUCGAGUGCGCCGGUGGUACGCACCAAGAUGUCCAUCCGACACAAGCCCUCGGAGAACAUGAAACUCUACGUGGCAGCUGUGUCUGUCUUCAGUGAGGAAACUGUCUUCUCGUCAACGCUAGAAGCAGUUUCUGUGAUCAACCGAAUUCCUCAACCAAAACUAACAGAAUCCACUACCCGUGCUCCCGAGACUAACACUCAACUAGAUAAUUUAAGAGCUUGGGUAAAGCCGUUUGCUCAAACUGUAUCGUUACAAGAAUACGCACAGCUCUCAAGGUUAGCUUACGAAGCACAAAUAUCUGUUAGCAAGUACUACAACAGCUGGAAGUUCUCAACAUCAGACGGACUUGGACCUUCAGUACCUCCUUACAAUCUGCAAGUACGUGGGAAAGCCUGCGGUCGUUUUGGCGACUUGGCUUACGGGAAAUUUUGGUUUAUGGUGCUCAGGCGAGAUAGAGCUACGGAGAAACAAACUUUUAAUGUACCCUGGCAACAAUACGUGAAUGGAUUCGGUAACUUGGCUGAUGGUUAUUGGCUGGGGCUCGAAUGCCUGUAUUUAAUGACAAACUCGGCCAUCAAGCCCACGGAACUUCUCAUCGAACUCACCGACGCUGAAGGCACUGUGGCCAUCUCCCACUACUCCGGAGUGUGGCUCGAUGGACCUGAGGUCGACUACCAAUUUCAUGUGGAAAAGCUGCUUGGCGGGGCAGCGGGCGACGCGCUCUACGGCCUCAACGGUCGAAAGUUCACAACCGGCGACCGCGACAACGAUGGACAGCCGGACAUCAACUGCGCCCGCUUACUGAGAGGUGGAUGGUGGUACGACAGCUGCGGACCCUCCAGCACGGCCAACUUCCUGACGGGAUUCUUCGCGCCCAGCAACCGAGGCCCUGGAUGCUCCUGGCAGACUUGGCGAUCAGCUGCUCCUAUCGUCAGGGUUAAGAUCCUUCUCAGAUCUCCUUCCAGGCACUGGCUCUACGUCUAAUACUACCCUUGAUCUGACAAUGAAUAUAAAGAGAUCGGACUUUCAGCAUCAAUUUUACGCUAUCAGGUUACGUCUACCAUCACUGCCCCUAAUCACGCCACAUCACUUAUGUCGCCGGCCUUCAAAAGAACCAAUCUAUUUUGUAAAAGAUAUCGAGUCACAACUUUCUUGUCCGAUUGAAAAUGUCUUUUAGUUAUUAUAUGGCAAUAGAUACCUAAAAAUCGUUUUCAGCGACGCACGCGAGGUGAGUGCAGUUUCUGAAAAUUGACCACCUAUAUAUGUGCGAUUGAUGGUAGAUAUCAGGACGAUGAGUUAGAUUUACUAUUGAUAAUGGAUUAAAGCAUGCUGCAUUAACUAAUGUUGUAGUAAAUAUUACGAUGAAAUAAACCUGAUCUAUUUUAGGUUUUUUUAAUGUUCAUGAGAUAGUAAAAUCAAUUAGUUCAUCAGUUCCCAUCAGUCGCCAAAAUAUCUUUUCCUGUAUGAACCUGCAAUUAUAAUCAGCAAUGUGGAUGUGCUGAUCUUCUUUUGAUCUGUGUUUGAAAUUCUUGCGAGAUCUUUAAACAUGUUUGUGCCACCUAGAAAAAAUCUAUACAAUAAUUAUGUAUGUUUAUUCA